AUGGACUCAAUCGCAUGGCAGAAGGACUCCCUUGACUGGGCGCACUAUGCCUACGCUCAUCUACUAGCACCGCGACUCGAGGUCAAAGGUCGAAUGGCCAUGUUUCUGCUACUGGCUGUCAUCUGGGCGUCCGCAUGGCUCCUAUGGCGUACAUACUCGGUUCUCACUACGCCCAAUGAUUUGCUCGUCGACAAGCUCGGACUGGACAUUCCUCCUCAGCCCCUCGUUACAUUGGAGGAGAUCUCUGCGACCGAGGUGCAGAUAGGAUGGAAGCCUUCAGAGACGUCGACCGCCAUACAAGAGUAUCAGAUCGAGAUCAACGGCAAGGUCGUGGAUCGCUGCAAGAGGAGUGAGACUGCGGCUGUCAUUUCGCAUCUACUGCCUGGCAGAACUUAUGACAUCCGAGUUUUCAGCGUCAGCGCAGGUCGUUUUCAAACCCCAAGCGCCCCUCUCCACGUCCGUCUGCCAUCCUCUUCUACCCCUCCGUCCGAAGAUGGCGCCAGCGAGACCGUUCCGACGAUUCGAGCUAUUGCGGCGCGCGCGCCUUCCCUGCUUUCUGCGCCAUCUGCACCCGCAAUGGCUCGCGAGCACUCCGGAGGGCAGCCGCACGGCAGGCGUGGUACUACCGGACGAAGGUCUUCUCCUGCUGGUACAACAGCUGAGAAAGCGGAUGCGAAGGACGAAAAUGAGAACGAGGAUCUCGCAGAGCUUUCGUCCCGUUUCGCCUCGGUGCGAGAGGAGAUUGAGGCUGUCGAGAAGCAAGUGCAGGACGAGAAGAGCGAAUAUGAUGGCCAGUUGCGAGAACUUGAGGCCAAGAAGGAGAAACUGCGACAGGACCUGAAGAAACGGGAUGAGGAAAGCAGCGAUCUCCGGAAGCAGGUGCAUAAAGCGGAGAGUCAGAAUCGUGCACUUCUCAACGACAAGACCAAGAAGGAAAGAGAGCUCAAAGCUCGUGAGAAUGAGCGUCGUAAGAAGAAGGACGAUGUCGCCAAGUGGGAAGAGCAGAUUUCUACCAUGGCAGAGGAAAUUGCCGGUAUCGAGACUCAGAAGGCCGCCAUCAAACGCCGGAACGAGGCGAACAUCCGUGAGGUGGAGCAGAAAGUUGAGGAAGAGCGCAAAGAGGUUGCCGUUCUGGAAGAGGAGGCCAAGGAGAAAACACAAGCCAUCAAAGCCCUGGAGGAGGAGCGCAAGGAACUCGAUGUGGAGGACGAUACCGACGAAACCCGCGAGACGAACCGACAAGAACAGGAACGGGAAGCCAAGUGGCGGGGUCGCUUUCAGGAACUGUUGAGUACGCAUAAUCGCCUGUACAACGACUUGCAGCAAGCAACCAUGUACCUAAGCAGUACUCGAGAUCGGCUCCAAUACUACGAAUCUAUGCGCCAAAACAGAGCCAUUUCUUUUGCCGCGCCACCUGUACCACUCAAUCUCGAACCGCAGCGACAGAGGUCAAUGCGUCGGCCUCGACAUACGGGGUCACAUGGUAGCAGCGUAUCUUCACCUCGCGGUCCAUUUGUUGCCGAAGCUUUCCAACAAGAAGGUAGAUUUGGACCAGUGCAGGCCUCUCCGACCACGUUCGGCCCGAGCUACUUCAACCCUCAGAACGGCAUGACUCUGAUGCUUCCGACUGAAGCUGCCACCACGCCGGGCGAAGAAGGCGAGGCCCUGAACUCUGUACCGAUGAGCCCGCAUGCCGAUGCGUUGCUCCCAGCUGAUCUUCUGGGCGAUGAAUCAGGCGAAGACGAGGAUGAUAAAGAUGCGCCGAUGCCGACGAAGCCGACUGUGGCUGAUGCGGGCAAGUCUCGACCAAGCCCGUUCCCGAACAUUGGCUCACCACUUGUGCGAGACAAUGCGGAGCCAGUGGAAUCGCCGUCAGCUGGCUCCUCUUCCCGUCAGUCGUUUGCCAGCCCGCGCGGGGAAGGAUUUGCAGCAGCUCCCGAGACGGAGCAUAAGUCAACUCAUUCUGGAAAAGAGAAAGGCGGAGACGGGGAGUCGCCCAGCAACUCGCGCAAGUUCAUGUACAACCUUUUCAACAUCAAUCGGCAGCGCGGCAAGACGCUUGAAGAUGACCCGCCUAUGCUGGGGAGUCUCAAGCCCACUCAAAGCCAGUCUUUCCCUCGGAAUUUUGACGACCUCGAUCCCUCAUCGCAACCCAGGAGACGCCUCAGCUAUGGCGGUAACUGGGCGUUUCCUGGCAACUUUCUUGGCAGAGAAAAGGAUUCUGAGUCCCGCUUUGCUGCGGCGAGCCGUAGAGCAUUCCCUAGUCUCAUGGGCUUAGGGAAGUCUGCGGAUGUGCCAAAUUUCACACCGCGGACGAACUCGUUUGAUCCUGGGACCAGAGGUGAAUCGCCUCGGCCUUCGUCUAUUUAUUCUUUUGACAAGAUGCCACGACCUGGAGCCGAGAACGCGCUGCAUGUAUGGAACAUGGAUCGGAGCGCCAUGCGAAACAGCCCGCUUGCGCCGGACUGGGGCUCUAUGCAUUCCUUUUCUCGAAGUCAUUCACGGCGACCAUCGGUAGGCGGAUAUGGUUCGACUACAAAUCUGAGCAUGAUGGGCCCCGACGAAGAGAUUGUUGAGCCGAAGCGAGAUCCUAGGCCUCUUCAAGCACCCAUUGGAACACGACCGGCUAGCAGUCAGAGAAAGGAAGUACUGACACCGAAGCUCAACCCGGCGGCACCGAACUUUACGUCGCUGUUCAAGAAGUCCAAGGGCGAGAAAGUUAAGAUCCGGGACCCGAAGGAGCAAGAUAAGGAGGACAAGAGAGAAAACGAUGUUGCCGAGUCAACUUCGCCUCCAGAUUCGCGGAAGUCGAGAGAUGCUCCUUCACUUGCGCCAACCCUCUCGACCAUGGAAUCCAAGGAAAGCCUGGAUCGAACCACAUCCACAGCGUCUGUCCCUGGUGUGCCUAGCGAGGGCAAAAUAGAGAAGCCUACUUUGAUGUCACGCAUCUCUCGCACCGCCAGCAACAAGACGUACAGUAGCAUGAAGUUUGGCAGCUGGAAAGAGAAAUCCUUUUUGGGUAGCAAAAGCUCCAAGGACACGAUGCCUGAGAUUGGGGAUGACGAGCUCGGUGCUAACGGCUCGAGUGAUCAGCUCGGGCGCAGUAUUGAGAGCCGAGAUUCACUUGUGAACGAUGGCGAUAAUGGAAGUGCGAAAGGACCAUCGACGCCGAAAGAAGGCAAAGACAAGAACAGGAGUAGUAUCAACUGGAAUUUCAUGCGUAAGAGCAAGGAGAAGGGCAAGGACAAGCGAGGCGAGCCAGCACAGAGCGACGUGUCUGUCAGCGGGGCCAGUGUUGCGGGUAGCGAGGUGCCGACUGAUACUGAGGAUGACGAGGGGGAGAGACGGCAGUGA